GCCGCGACACGCUCGCCAAGCCAUCGCCAUCGCUUCACAGAUUAGUGACUCCCGCUCGGUACUUCGUUCCAGUUCCAUUCCAUUCACAUUCACUCGCCGUUUGGCAUUCGUUCGUGUUGUGCGUUUCGUAACGUUUGUUAUCCGUCCAGGUUUUCUUUUAGCGCGAGUGAUAUUUUGUAAUAAUGGCAAGAUUCGCUUUAAUUGUUCCGGUGGUUUUGUUUGCAUUUUUCACACAUGAUGCUGAUGCAGUCCGGUGUUGGACAUGUUCUUCCGACCUGAACCCGCUCUGCAACGACCCCUUUAUGGUGGGCCAGACAGAGAACUCGUAUCUCUUCCGCCUAGAGAACUGCGACGCAACCUCCGCCGUAUCCUACCCCUACCUCACAUCUUCAAUCUCCGCUUGUAAGAAGCAGAAGAAAUUCGUUCACGGUGCUUUGGUGAUAUCGCGUGGCUGCACAUGGAAACGUAAGGACGAUUACACGAACACCUGUCCCAGUACAUCAACCUCGUCAGCCAACGAGGUGACCUCUUUCUGCGAGACCUGUGACUACGACGGUUGCAACGGAGCAGCUGCCAUCUCUAAGACUAUCGCUUUAGUUCUUGCACCACUCGGUCUAUUGCUCUUUAAGUAAUAGCAAGUGUAGAGUCUUAAUAUGGGACCAUAAGAUACCAUUACGAUGCACCCACCGUUCAAGGCCCAAGGAAACAA